AUGACUACUCGCCGAUGGACUAACUCAGAGAAAGGCAAAGGUCUUGCUCUCCCUUCCUCUUCAGCUGACUCCACACGGAAACGCAUCCAGGCUUCUGACUUCGAUUUCUCGGACCUUGUGAGAGACAACGCCAAAACACUCAUUGGAAGGAUCACUAACCCUAAGGAGAAAAGAAUCAACGAAGUUGUUAGUGAACUCCCCAAAAAGUGGGCUUUAAGAGGCAAAGUCAUCGGCGCUGACCUAGGAAAUGACUGCUUUCAAUUUUGCUUCGACAGAGAUGAGGAUCUUCACUACGUCCUCCUCAACAGACCCUACCAACAUAGCAACUGGAUGAUUGUGCUGGAAAGGUGGGAGCCCGUCAUCUCUAGCUCAUUUCCCUCAAGAAUCCCCUUCUGGAUCUCAGUGAAAGGCCUUCCUCUACAUUUAUGGCACGAGAAGAUGGCGUUUGGAAUAGGUCGUGUGCUCGGAACUUAUGAAGGUUGCGACAUUACAGCCACUACAGCAAGAAUCCACAUUCUCCUGGAUGCAAUGGAGCCUCUGACAUUGGAGUCAGUAGUUGACUUCCCCACCGGUGAAGAGGUUCCUAUUUCCUUUGAGUACGAAGGAAUCGCUAACUUUUGCUCGCUUUGCAAGAGACUAACACAUUCUUCUCGUCACUGCAACUUCAAUCAAGGGACCUUGCACAUCGCUAGCUCCAAUAGGGUAAGUCGACGUAACUCCUCACAAGUGAACCUACCCCCAAAAUACCCUCUAACCCUCCCCCCAGCAGGGAAGCACAGUAGAGACAACGGUGAGACCUUCCACCAUAGGGUUGAUAGGCACGGCAGAUAG